CGAUCCAGAGAUGUAUAAAUGCAUAGAUUUGUACGUGUGUCUAUUUGUCUAUAAGUGGGUUGAUAUUUAAAAAAUGGAAAAAACACGAUUGCAACAAAGGUUGCAUCUUCGAGGGAGCUCUGAUAAUAUUCAUGAAUAAAGUCGCGGAUAUGUUUCCCUAAUUUACUGAUUUCGCCGCAAAGGUACUUUCCAGGACAUAUGAACUCUGAUACAUUACAACAUAUUGCAAGAACGGGAAAGUUUGGUCGACUGUUAUCACAUCCGUCCCCAUUGCAUGAAUAAGUAUUUUUAAACCGGCGAGUGCAAUACCGGAAUUUAUCAGGAGAUCCCCUUACAAAAUCGGAAACAUUGAACGGCGUUGUGAAGACAGUCUCUUAGCUUGUGACCUUCAAACAGAUUAGUGACCACGUAAUUGUCUGAGGCUAAAAGAGACGGUGGACAUACCAGAUGCGAAGUAAAAACUUGGAUAACGGGUUCUUCAUAUGUUGUUCUUACGUAAUGCUAUGAAUGCGUUUAAUCAAGGCUUCAUAGUAGUUGGCAAUUUAAAGUUACUUUUGAUUUUGGUGCUUGCAGUUAAUGCCAUUUUUUCGUAUUUUUAAAUGAGCCCAGAAAAAGCUAAUAUUGACAUAAAAUAGUUGUUCGUGGAUACUAUUUGUGCUGACAAUCUCCACUGUGACGGAUCGAUACCUUUUUCAAUAACUUGCAAAUUAGAGCUUUUCCGGAUAAGGCACCACUGGUACGAUCUAAUAUUCGGACACCCGUGCAGACAUGCCGUUUCGACGCAGCAAUGUUCGAUUGCUGAUUUUCGCUGGGGUGUACAUUGUGUACAUGGUUAUAGGGGCGUCAAUUUUCUCGGCAAUAGAAGGGCCACAGGAAAGGGAUAUGGUUAAGGACCUCAAAGACCAGAGGAAUCAGUUUUUCCUGGAUCAUCAAAAAUGCAUGACAGACGCCGAGCUGGAAGCGUUUAUUGUUAAGAUUGUUCAGGCUACCAAUCACGGCAUCUCUGCGGUCCGCAACGUGUCAAGCUCGAACCCCAACUGGAGCUUCGGCCAGUCUAUCUUCUUCGCUUCAACAGUUAUUACCACUAUAGGUUACGGUCGGGUUACACCGUUGUCCGAAGUCGGCAAAGGUUUUUGCAUCCUUUUCACACUGAUCGGGAUCCCUAUGACGCUUGUUCUGUUUUCCGCGCUGGUCGAGCGUCUGAUGAUACCGAUAGGCUGGUUUCAACAAUGGCUAAUCUCCAAGCUGGGACACCUGUACAAACUGUUUCACAUAAAACUUUUUCACGUUGCCAUCGUGGCCAUUGUUUUAGUCGUUUUCUUUAUGCUGAUACCAUCCGCUAUUUAUAGUUCACUGGAGACAAAAUGGAAUUACCUCGACAGUUUGUACUACUGUUUUAUAUCGCUGACCACUGUCGGGCUGGGCGAUUUCAUCCCGGGCGACAAUCCGGACCAGGCACUGCGUCCCUUGUACAAAGUGGCCACUACUUGUUAUCUGCUUCUGGGCCUGAUCGCCAUGAUGGUUUUCCUGACGACCGUCUACGAAAUACCGGAACUCAAUCUCGGUUUCUUCCUGUUUCUGAAGAGCGACAAUGACGACCCAGAGCGCAUGCGCCUCACCAAGGCUCCUUGUGACCUCGACUCCUCUCAGAAUUACGUUCGGCAAAUCGACGACGACGGUUAUGGGACCAGAAGUAGAGGUGCGGGCGCCGACGCAAACUACGACGGAGUGCCGAGCUUUCCAAGGCCACUAGCUACUAAAACUGAACCCGCUGACUUCCACUAGUGCAAUACGAGAACGGGGAACAAAGACAACCGAUUGUUUUAUCGCGGUUUACUUAAUGGUUGUGUCAUUUUUCCAGUGCUAACAGAAGGUUAUCAUUUAUGAACGUAUAACUUACUUUAAAUUUAUAUAAACGGAUAAUCGACAGUGUUUAUAAAUAUUUUAUUGUUUGGUUUGUGUGGUUGUGAAAAUGUCUCUAUUUUGUUUUCAAUAUAUUAAAUAAAUCGUAUUAAAAACUC